AUGCGAGCACUUAUUCAACGUGUUCUUCGAUCCAGUGUUCAUGUUGAUAAUCAAAUUGUUAACAAUAUUGAACAUGGUCUUUGUAUAUUUAUUGGUAUUCAAUCAGAUGAUGAUAUAUCCGAUCUUGAAUAUAUUAUCAAAAAAAUCUUGACCAUUAAAUUAUGGCCAAAUGGAGAUAAACCAUGGGCACAAAGUGUUGUUGAUCUUGAUUUUUCAUUACUCUGUAUUAGUCAAUUUACAUUACAUGCUGUUACAGCCAAAGGAGCACGACCUGAUUUUCAUCUUUCAAUGUCAUCCGAACAAUCAAAACAAAUCUAUGAACAACUAAUUAACAGACUAAAACAAGAGUACAAGUCAGACAAAAUAUUUGAUGGACGUUUCGGAGCUUAUAUGACAGUAACAAUUGAAAAUGAUGGACCAGUUACAAUCAUGGUGGAUAGCAAAGCAAGAAAGCCUAUGCAAUCAAAUGUUGCUGGAGAUCCUUCCAUUGUUGCUGAGCCUACUGCUUCGAACGUAGAGUGA